AUGGAGAGCGUCGUGAAGGCCGUCCAGAAAUCCAUCGGCGAGGGGAUGCCCAAGUCGUUUGGCCUCGUCAUCGACGGCUAUACCCAAGCCACCGAGCACUUCCUAGCUGUGUAUGCAUGCUACGAGUCCUCGGAUGGCCCUCGCUUCCAGCUCCUGUCUAUGGCCCCGAUAAUUGACGAGCCGGAUGAUGCGCUCAAUGCAGACGGCCACGCAGCGGCUAUCGCACGGUUUUUGCCAUUUUUUGGACGGAGCCUGGACGAUGUGCGGUUUUUAGUUAACGACAAUUGCGCAGUCAACAAACGACUGGCUAACCUCAUGGGUGUGCCACUUGUUGGCUGCGCAAGCCACCGUCUAAAUCUCGCGGUGCGUGAGUAUCUCGCUCCCCAUGAAGACGCGCUGGCAGAAGUCCAAGCGCUUAUGCGUAAGCUGGUACACUUAAGCAAGCAGCCAAGCUCCGCCAAAAAAACUGCUCUCCAGCCAGUCCUUCGCCAAGACACGCGAUGGUCGUCGACGUUCAAGAUGCUCGCCCGUUAUUUCCGCCUCCUUUGCAAGCUCUUCGACGAGCUGCACGAUGUGGAGUCAAUCUCCAAGAAGUUGCAAAGCGACGGCCUAACGCUACUCGAUGCCCGAGACCUUCUUGACCGAUUGUUAGAAGUGCACCCUUCAUUUGGAAACUAUCUCGCACCCAACGCUCCCAUCGCUCACUCGCCCAAGUUCGAGUCCGCAGUGGUUAAGAUGCUGGGCGGAAAGGCGACGCGACUGACAACUGCGGAGAAGGCGCAGCUGCAGCCGUUUCGACGCGUAGCAGCCGCUGCUGCUCCUCUCGACGACGAGCAAAGCACCAGCUUCGCUGAGCGGAUCCUGUAGCGCAGGAAGGUUGACGCAGCCCCCAGCACUUUUUCCUGCUCAGCGCAAUCCCACCUACGUCAAACGUGGUUGAGCGCCUGUUUAGCUCGGCCAGAUCGGUGCUGUGUCACGAGCGCCACCGUCUUUCUCCGCAGGCGCUCGAGAUGAUCCUCUUUUUGAGUGCCAACAGCUCGUACUGGAACGUAGCAACUGUUGAUGCUUGUCUGCUGUAGAUAAACUCGAGUACAAGCCAAGUUUGAAGCGGCAA